AUGACAAUUGACACGGAAAUAGUUGAUCUAAGAUAUUUGUCAAGCUCUGUUACUAACACGACGCUCCCAACUGUAUUGACGGUGGCGGGCUCGGACUCGUCAGGCGGAGCAGGGAUUGAAGCCGAUAUAAAGACUAUAACGGCUCAUGGCUGUUACGCCUUGACCUGUAUUACUGCUCUGACGGCUCAGAACACAACGGGUGUCAAGGCCAUUUAUCCUACGCCCAAAGAAAGCAUCAAUGGCAUCUUGGAGGCUAACUUUAGUGAUAUCAAUGUUAAUGUGGUCAAGACUGGGCUUCUGACGGCCGAAGCAGCUGAGUUAUUGCCUAAAUAUCUUGAAAAAUACCAUAAGGGAAAACCUCUCGUUGUUGACCCAGUUAUUGUGGCGGCAUCAGGUGACUCCUUGGCAAAAAUUGAGGAUCUCAAAAUAUCAAUUGACAAUCUGUUUCGCAAGGCCACCAUCAUCACUCCCAACAUCGAGGAGUGCGGUGCUAUUGUAUCCACCCUUAGAAAUCUGAGCACAAUUGCGCCGUGCAAUAUUUCCACUGUGGAAGACUUGAAGGUCAUCGCUAAGACAAUUCAAGAAGGGACCAAAUGUGUUGGUGUUCUGGUAAAGGGAGGCCAUUGUCCGUUUGAUUCUGAGGGCAUAUCGGUCAAGGUUUCCAAAAAGAGCCCAGUUAGUGUGUUUGAUGUGUUUUACGAGGGCCACACCCAGAACUUCACCGUUUUCAAGGCAAAUUACAUUGUUACCAAAAGCUCUCAUGGGACUGGGUGUACGCUGGCUUCGGCAAUUGCAGCCAAUCUGGGUAGAGGCCUCAAGAUGAAGUUUGCAGUCGACUCUGCAUUAAAGUACGUUCAUUCGGGAAUUCUUUCGGCAGACAGCACCUUUGGAAAGGGAUCAAUCGGUCCUCUAAACCAUAUCUUCCAUGUUGCUGCUCCAAUUGCGAUUGCGUCUGCGUCUCGUCUCCCUUUCACUGAAGGCCAUUUCGUGGACUAUCUCCUGGGACAUCCAAUAGUUAAACCUGUUUAUGAGAGAUACAUUCACCACGAUUUUGUUAGAAGGGUGGCAGAUGGAUCCUUGGAGCGUUCAAAAUUUGAGCAUUAUCUUCAACAGGACUAUGCCUAUUUAUUAUCCUACGCCCGUGUUCAUUCAUUGGCCGCUAGUGUCGCGCCUGAGCUCAAAGAUAUCGAGGCGGAGGGAAGAAUACUUCUAAAAGUCGCUGAGGAAAUGGAGCAUCAUCGCCAGCAGCUGGAGAAUUUGGGAAAAGACACCAGUAACAUCAAAAUGGGAAGAGCAUGUCAAGAAUAUGCGGAUUACCUCCUGGAUCUUUCCAAGUCUGGAGACUGGCUGGAGAUCAACGUAGCUCUUGCACCAUGUCUAUUGGGAUAUGCCUCUGCUGCCAAAUGGGGAUUGCAACUCUACCACGGAGAUAUGGAUCCCAAGGAUGAAUACUACAAGUGGUUAGCGGAUUAUUCCUCGGAUUGGUACGAGGAGUCUUGCGAUUUGGGCAGACAAGUUUUGGAGUCACAUGGGGCAAGCAUCUCGGUCACUAAGUUGUCCAAGCUUGUGAAGAUCUUUGCAGACGUUACCCAGUUAGAGGUGAACUUUUGGAGUGCCUCUUUAGCUUACGAGGGAAAAUGA